AUGGCGCUCGCCACCGCCCACCUCCGUGUGGCCCGUCCAACCAACGACAUCGCCGCGCUGUUGCCGUUCUACUGCGAUGGCCUGGGUUUCACAGUUCUCCUCAAGUUUGACGAGCAUGAGGGCUUCGAUGGCAUCAUGAUUGGACACAAAGACGCUGGGUAUCAUCUGGAGUUCACCACGAAGCGAGGGCACGACGCCGGUCGGGCGCCAACUGAGGACAAUCUGCUGGUCUUUUAUCUACCUGAGCAAGGCGAAUUCAACACGGCCGUCGCGCGCAUGAAAGGCAGCGGUUUCGAGCCGGUUCCGGCAUUCAAUCCCUACUGGGACAGAUGCGGCAAAACUUUUGAGGACCCAGACGGGUAUCGCAUCGUGUUGGCCAACCGGCCGUCCCCAGCGUGA